AUGAAGUCGCCUCCCUGCUGCAUGUCUCUUUCUUCCCAAGCAUCCUUGGAGGAACCAGGGAGUAGCACAUCCCUGGGUUCGCUGGAGUCCAGUGUUUUCUCCAGUGAGGAAGAGCAGGGGCCCCUGCUCCAGAAGGUCAUUCCCUCUCUGGACUGCUUUACUAUCAAUGUAGGAGGCAGCCGUUUUGUGAUGUCCCAGCAAACUUUAUCUUGCUACCCUGACACCCGUCUUGGCAAACUGGCAGUAGUGGUCUCUGCUGCACGGGAUGUGGCUUCUGGCCUCCUUGAGCUCUGUGAUGAUGCCAACCUUCUGGAGAAUGAGUAUUUCUUUGACCGGAGCUCCCAGGCAUUUCACUACAUCCUGAAUUACUACCAGACAGGGAGGCUGCAUGUGAUGGAACAGCUUUGUGCACUCUCUUUCCUGCAAGAGAUCCAGUACUGGGGUUUGGAUGAGCUCAGCAUUGAUUCCUGCUGCAGAGACCGGUACUUCAGGAGGAAGGAGCUGAGUGAAGCCUUAGACAUCAAGAAAGAUGCAGAAGAACUGGAUGCCCAAGAUGAAGAAGAGGAUUUUUCUGGUAGCCUCUGUCCCAAUGUCAGACAGAAACUUUGGGAAGUUUUGGAAAAGCCUGGCUCCUCUACAGCAGCCAGGACUUUUGGUACCUUGUCCAUGGUUUUUGUUGUUGUGUCAAUUGCCAACAUGGCAUUGAUUUCAGUAGAGCUCAGCUGGCUGGCCCCACCUCUGCUGGAUGCCCUGGAGUACCUGUGCAUUGCAUGGUUCACAGCAGAGUUUGUUCUGAGGCUCCUCUGUGCACGAGAUCGGUGUCGCUUCCUAAGGAGUGUGGCAAACAUCAUAGACCUCCUUGCUAUUUUGCCUUUCUACAUCACCCUGCUGGUGGAGAGCCUAUGUGGUGGUGAGAGCUCCCAAGAACUGGAAAAUGUGGGGCGCAUUGUCCAAGUGCUGAGACUUCUCAGAGCCCUGCGAAUGUUGAAGCUGGGAAGACAUUCAACAGGCUUGCGGUCUCUUGGGAUGACUAUUGCUCAGUGCUAUGAGGAGGUUGGCCUUCUGCUUCUUUUCCUCUCUGUAGGAAUCUCUAUAUUUUCCACUGUGGAGUACUUUGUUGAGCAAGGUGUGCCAGGCACAACUUUCACAAGUGUACCUGGUGCUUGGUGGUGGGCAACAACUUCCAUGACAACAGUUGGUUACGGUGACAUUAGACCAGACACUACCAUUGGUAAGGUAGUAGCCUUUAUGUGUAUACUAUCAGGAAUACUGGUUUUGGCUUUGCCAAUAGCUAUAAUAAAUGACCGUUUUUCUGCCUGUUACUUUACACUGAAGAUAAAAGAAGCUGCUCUUCGGCAGCGUGAAGCUUUAAAGAAACUCAUGAAGAACUCAUCCAGCGAUUCAAACAUCAAUGUUAAUUUGCGAGACGUGUACGCACGCAGCGUCAUGGACAUGUUGAGGUUAAAAAGCAGAGAGAGAGCAAGUACAAGGAGCAGUGGUGCAGAUGAUUUUUGGUUUUGA